GACAAAAGGUGAAGGUUUAACACGGGAAGUUAGAGAACGCGAUAACGAAAAUCAAGUAUCCGCGCCCACUGAGUUCAAAGAAAACGGAAAGCCACGGAAGAGUGUCUUUGAUGAUCAAAUUCAUGAGUUUAACUUAUCGUUCAGCCCAAUAUCUGUUUCUACUGAUAUUGCUGAUGAGGCUAUCGCGGGACCUUGGAUUUGCAUUCUUGGAGCUGUGUAUCUCGAAAAACCUGUUAUAGGACCGCUCACUGAUUUUAUUCUCAUGAUGAAUAUGAUGAAAGGGUGGAAAAGCUUGCUACAUUUUUUGAAGCUUUAUGACUUGCAUAUCAAACCCUAG